AUGGCAGAGCCCAAGUGGACGCCCGCCGAAUUCCGUGCCCAUUAUGGCGGGAAUUUUAUUAGAGACUCGACAUAUACAAAGUUCUGCCGCGUCAAAACACAGGACUUCGUAACCUGCGAAGUAGAUGGCAAACCAGAAAAGCGUCCUCGUCCCCCCAACAGUUUCAUGGUCUUUCGUGCUUGCUAUGGCAAAGAAGGCUAUUCACUCCCAUCGGAAUGGAAAUAUUGUUAUUCACAAUUCAUCAGUCAUCUGUGGCGAGCCUUGUCCAAUCAGGAUCGUCGCCCUGCCGAACGGGUAGCUGAAGAACUCAAAGAUGCGCACACUAGGAUCUUCGCCGGUUACAAGUACCAACCCGGGUUGAAGGCCAAGUCACUCCAACAUGAAACCGAGGCUGAAGGCGUGGAUGGGCGAUCCCAGGUCAGCAGGUCUUCAGGACCUCAAAGACAGACAAAGACCACGAUCAUGGCUAGGCUUCAGGCAACAUCAUCGCCCUCCCGACGCUCGAAGCGCCGCUCUACCUCUACCAAUAACUGCUGGGUCUCGACGUGGCCCCUCUACGACCCGAACGAUCAAGACAUCCAGCGCUAUCCCACCCCCACCCCUAGCCCCGCCCCUUCCUUCUCAUCCACUUCAUCGCCCUCGAGCUCCUUCUUUGCUGGUUCGUAUGACUAUGUGCCCUCGCCAUCGGUACCCUCGCCACUCUCCUCAACCCCCUCGCUCGUCUUUACUCCCACGUCCCCCACCCCCACAUCCUUCCCGGUCACUCCCACAUCACAGAGUUCCCCCUCCGUCGCAGGAACAUCUGCAUCCCCGAUUCCCCCGUAUGCCACACCAUCGUUCGAAUCAGAGGCUGUGUCGCCAGAAUCGUGGGAUUACGAGGGUGCAGGGGCUGGGAGUCCGUCGAGCGGCUAUGGCUACUGGGAUAAUACCUGGUUGGAUGAAAUGGGGAUGCAGCAGACGAUGAACGAGGACCUGUAUCAGUCGUCAUCGACGCCGUCCAUGUCCUUCUACUCCAAUCCAGUCCCCUCCACCUCUCAGCUCGGAGCCACGUCGCCAAGCUCAUCGACACAUCCACACCCCAUCGCUGAUACCUUCCCAUGGGACUUCGGCCUAAGCCCCUUACUCUCGCAAUAUAUGAACACAGAGACGUUCACGCCCACCUCCCCCGAUCAAGGGUACUCACCUCAGUAUCCCGACGGAUUUCUCCCAACAACCUCACAAGAGGACGCAUUCUGGUACGACCCGAGUACGUUGACAUCGCAAGGUUCUGCAUAUGAUCCAUCGUCUUCGGCGGUAGAUACGGGUGUAGAUGCAUCAGACGAACUGGAGGUAUGGUUGCAGGAGCGAAUCGCUGCGGGGACUCAGAUCGGUGGAGGGGGUGAAGAUUUGUGGGGUCAUGGGUUUGCUUGA